AUGAUGAACUUCUUUGGCGGCGGCUCGUCGGAGGAACAGUCGAACGCGAAUGCUGAGGGAGGCGAGUCGUACGGCGCAGAGAAUCUUUCUCUGAAUGAGGAGAAUGCUUACGGGUCGUCGGGUCAGACAUCCGAGGGGUAUGUGACGGAGAGUGUGGUUAAGAAAACUGAGGGCUAUGGGGGACAGGAGUCUGAGGGGUACGGCGCCCAGGAGAGUGGGGGGUAUUCGGGUGAUAACAACGAGGGGAACAAUGCGGAGGGGGGGAGCGGGUAUAACGCGGAUAGCGGCAGUGGGUAUAAUGCGGAGAAGGGCAGUGGGGAUAACGCGGAGGGGGGCAGCGGGUAUAACGCAGAGGGGGGUAGCGGGUAUAACGCAGAGGGGGGCAGCGGGUAUAACGCGGAGGGGGGAAGCGGGUAUAAUGCGGAGAGCGGCAGUGGGUAUAACACCGGGGGGGGCAGUGGGGAUAACGAGGAGCGUGGAAGCGGGUAUAACGCGGAGGGAGGCAGCGGGUAUAAUGCGGAAAGCGGUAGCGGGUAUAAUGCGGAGCGGAGCAGUGAGGAGAACACGGAGGGGGGAAGCGGGUAUAACGCGGAUGGGGGAAGCGGGUACAACGCCGAGGGGGGUAGCGGGGAAAACGCGGAGGGUGGAAGCGGGUAUAAUGCAGAGGGGGGCAGCGGGUAUAACGCUGACGGGGGCAGCGGAUAUAACGCGGAGCGAAGCAGCGGGGAUGACGCGGAGGGGGGUAGCGGAUAUAACGCGGACGGGGGCAGCGGAUAUAACGCGGACGGCGGCAGCGGAUAUAACGCGGACGGCGGCAGCGGAUAUAACGCGGAUGGGGGAAGCGGGUAUAACGCGGACGGGGGCAGCGGUCCCGAUCCUCUUCCUGCCUCCCGUUCUCCCAUUCCCGCCAUGCGAUCUCCUCUCCCCCCCUCCCGAUCUCCUCUCCCGCCUCCCGAUCUCCUCUCCCCGCCUCCCGAUCUCCUCUCCCCGCCUCCCGUUCUCCUCUCCCUGCCUCCCGUUCUCCCAUUCCCGCCAUGCGAUCUCCUCUCCCCCCCUCCCGAUCUCCUCUCCCGCCUCCCGAUCUCCUCUCCCCACCUCGUUCUCCUCUCCCCACCUCGUUCUCCUCUCCCCCCCUCCCGAUCUCCUCUCCCGCCUCCCGAUCUCCUCUCCCCACCUCGUUCUCCUCUCCCCACCUCGUUCUCCUCUCCCCACCUCCCGAUCUCCUCUCCCCGCCUCCCGUUCUCCUCUCCCUGCCUCCCGUUCUCCUUUCCCCGCCUCUCGAUCUCCUCUCCCCGCCUCGUUCUCCUCUCCCCGCCUCGAUCUCCUCUCCCCGCCUCCUGUUCUCACCACCCUCCCUUCCCUCGCCCUUCUCACCCUUCCCUCGCCCUUCUCAUCCUUCCCGCCCUUCUCACCCUUCCCGCCCUUCUCACCCUUCCCGCCCUUCUCACCCUUCCCGCCCUUCUCACCCUUCCCGCCCUUCUCACCCUCCCGCCCUUCUCACCCUUCCCGCCCUUCUCACCCUUCUCGCCCUUCUCACCCUUCCCGCCCUUCUCACCCUUCCCGCCCUUCUCACCCUUCCUGCCCUUCUCACCCUUCCCGCCCUUCUCACCCUUCCCGCCCUUCUCACCCUUCCCGCCCUUCCCUCCCUUCCCUACCUUCUCUCCCUUCCCGCCCUUCUCUCCCUUCCCGCCCUUCUCUCCCUUCCCGCCCUUCUCUCCUUGCCCUCCCUUCUCUCCCUGCCCUCCCUUUCUCUCCCUUCUCUCCCUUCCCUCCCUUCCCUCCCUUCCCUCCCUUCUCCCCCUUCCCUCCCUUCUCUCCCUUCUCUCCCUUCCCUCCCUUCCCUCCCUUCCCGCUCUUCUCACCACCUCUUUGAUAUGCCUUCCUGUCCCCCAUCCUUCCUUCCUUACGCACUCCUCCUGCCAUUCUCUCCUCUUGCAAUCCUCACUGCCAUCCCUCCUUUCCGCAUAUCCUGUAUCCAUGCCCCUUUCGAUUCUCUUGUCGUCACCUCCCAAGCAACAGCGGCAUUGCCAUGGGAAAUUUCAACAUGCAUCUCCCACCUACCCCCACCUACUCCUAUCUCACCUCCCCUCCCCCUACCACAUACUCCCAUCUCACCUCCCCUCUCCCCACCUUACCACGGGAUUUCAGCCCACCACGCCUCCCCAUACCACCUACUCCCAUCAUUGCUCCCCUCCCCCUACCACAUACAACAUACUCCCAUCUGACCUCACCUUCCCCUACCGCCUACUCCCUUCUUAUCUCCCCUCCCCCUACCACCUCUCCUGGCCCUAUCAGGCACUCCUUGCUCACCUCCCCUCCCCCUACCAGGGGCACUCUUCUCAUCUCCCCUCCCCUACCCCUACCAGGGGCACUCUUCUCAUCUCCCCUCCCCUACCCCUACCAGGGGCACUCUUCUCAUCUCCCCUCCCCUACCCCUACCAGGGGCACUCUUCUCAUCUCCCCUCCCCUACCCCUACCAGGGGCACUCUUCUCAUCUCCCCUCCCCUACCCCUACCAGGGGCACUCUUCUCAUCUCCCCUCCCCUACCCCUACCAGGGGCACUCUUCUCAUCUCCCCUCCCCUACCCCUACCAGGGGCACUCUUCUCAUCUCCCCUCCCCUACCCCUACCAGGGGCACUCUUCUCAUCUCCCCUCCCCUACCCCUACCAGGGGCACUCUUCUCAUCUCCCCUCCCCUACCCCUACCAGGGGCACUCUUCUCAUCUCCCCUCCCCUACCCCUACCAGGGGCACUCUUCUCAUCUCCCCUCCCCUACCCCUACCAGGGGCACUCUUCUCAUCUCCCCUCCCCUCCCCCUACCAGGGGCACUCUUCUCAUCUCCCCUCCCCUACCCCUACCAGGGGCACUCUUCUCAUCUCCCCUCCCCUCCCCCUACCAGGGGCACUCUUCUCAUCUCCCCUCCCCCUACCAGGGGCACUCUUCUCAUCUCCCCUCCCCUACCCCUUCUUUCCCCCUCCUCUACCAAGGGCGUUCUGCUCACACCCUGCCCCACACUCCUAUUCUCCCAUGUUUGGUCCCCCAGCAUUCCCUUGCUCGGUUUCUGUGCUUGUGUUGCAGGUGGGGAACCUUCCCGACUGGACAUCCUACUAUCUGCGCCUCACAGGGCACAUAA